AAGUGAGGUGUCUUCUGAGCGUCGGGACUUCCGGUUGGGCAGAGGAGAAGAGUUGGUGGUUCAGGCUGAGGGGGCGCUGAGUCUUCCGAGGCUGGUGUGCCGGACGUUGGGGCGAUGUUCCGGACCGCCAUCAUGAUGGCUGCCAGCCUGGCCUUAACCUCCGCGGUGAUAGCUCACGCCUACUACCUGAAGCACCAGUUCUACCCCACUGUGGUGUACCUUACCAAGUCGAGUCCCAGCAUGGCGGUCCUGUACAUUCAGGCUUUUGUCUUGGUGUUCCUGCUAGGCAAAUUCAUGGGCAAAGUGUUUUUCGGACAACUCCGAGCGGCAGAAAUGGAGCAUCUGCUCGAGCGCUCGUGGUACGCCGUGACCGAGACCUGCCUGGCCUUUACUGUCUUCAGGGAUGACUUCAGUCCUCGUUUUGUAGCACUCUUCACCCUCCUCCUCUUCCUCAAGUGCUUCCAUUGGCUGGCUGAAGACCGGGUGGACUUUAUGGAGAGAAGUCCCAACAUAUCUUGGCUGUUCCAUUUCCGCAUUGUCUCUCUCAUGGUGCUUCUGGCCAUCCUAGAUUUCCUGUUUGUCAGCCACGCAUACCACAGCAUCCUGACCCGGGGGGCUUCUGUCCAGCUGGUCUUUGGCUUUGAGUACGCCAUUCUCAUGACGAUGGUGCUGACCGUCUUCAUCAAAUACCUGCUGCACUCCAUCGACCUCCAGAGUGAUAACCCCUGGGACAACAAGGCCGUCUUCAUGCUCUAUACCGAACUCUUCACGGGUUUCAUCAAGGUCCUUCUCUACAUGGCCUUUAUGACUAUCAUGAUCAAAGUACACACCUUCCCUCUGUUCGCCAUCCGGCCUAUGUACCUGGCAAUGAGGCAGUUCAAAAAGGCAGUCACGGAUGCGAUCAUGUCUCGUCGGGCGAUCCGCAACAUGAACACGCUGUACCCCGAUGCCACGCCAGAAGAGCUGCAAGCCAUGGACAAUGUUUGCAUCAUCUGCCGGGAGGAGAUGGUGAUGGGUGCAAAACGUCUGCCAUGCAAUCACAUAUUCCAUACCAGCUGCCUCCGAUCCUGGUUUCAGCGCCAGCAGACCUGCCCCACCUGCCGGAUGGACGUCCUGCGCGCCUCCCUGCCCACCCAGUCGCAGCCACCCCCCGAGCAGCCGGAAGGAGGGCAGCAUCCGCCCCCCCAUCAGGCCCCCUUGAUGCCUCAGCCCCCCAACUUCCCUCAAGGCCUCCUACCGCCGUUUCCUCCCGGGAUGUUCCCUCUGUGGCCACCCAUGGCUCCUUUCCCUCCAGUGCCGGGCGUGCAGCCCCCCAACAAUACCGACGGUGCCUCCGCGUCCGCGUCCUCCCCACCCGGAUCCCAAGGGGCAGGCACCGCCAGGCCUACUGGGGAUUCGGCCGCCACGUCGGACGCCGCAACCUCCGCCGGGGCCGUGCCGGGUUUCCCCUUUCCUCCUCCUUGGAUGGGGAUGCCGUUCCCCCCUCUCUUUGGCUUCCCUCCGAUGCCGGUUCCCCCCUCGGGAUUUGCAGGGCUGACGGAGGAGGAGCUGCGGGCCAUGGAAGGCCACGAGCGGCAACACUUGGAAGCCCGGCUGCAGUGCCUGCAGAACAUCCACACCCUCCUGGAUGCGGCCAUGCUCCAGAUCAACCAGUAUCUCACUGUGCUGGCAACGAUCGGGAUGCCUCGAGCGGCCCCAACGCCCCCCAGUGCUUCGGCCCCUUCGAUGGCUCCUCCCGAGACCCCGACUAGCCCUGAAUCCAAUUCCAGUGAAGCCACCACCUCAACCUCCCAGCCAGCCGACAGCACCUCUUCACCAGAUACGUCUCCAGACAAAGCCGAGGGGUCCACGCAGCCCUCCACCCACGACGGGGACCUUUCCUCCCCGGAAGAGCCUAACGCAGCCGAGCUGCGCAGACGCCGACUUCAAAAACUAGAACUGCCUUCUUCUGCCUCUCAUUGAGCGAGCCGUGCUCCCUUGCCUGACCCGAUGGACUUUUUUUUUCUCUCCCCCCCUCCUUCUCUUUCCCACACCCCAAAUAAAAUGGAAAAAAAAACUGGAUUUAAGAAGACCCAGGCUCCCCUCCCCUCCUCCUCCUCCUCCUCAUUGUGGCAACAGAAAUCAGCGGGGGGCCCAAAGAAGAAAACCCGAAUGUCUUAACUCGGGCCGCCAGACGCUGAGAGCGACCAGUUUCUACAGGACUUGCCGUGGCAGGGGACAACAACCCAUGUUUUAACCUUGGCUAGAACACCUUUUCGGAGGAAUGAUUAGCCGCCUCUUCUGUCGUAACAAGAGACCACGCGGAUUUGGCCCUUUGCACCAGCCUAGCCCGCGGUUUCAAAUCUCUUUGCGUCGACCCGGACGGAGCGCCAGCCUGGCGAAAAACCAGGGUUGGAGACCGAGGGUCUCUUAUCUCACUUGGGGGGGGGGGAAGGAGAGAGUGUGAGAAAGAAAGAGAGAGAGGCGGUGUUUAAAAAAACCGAGGCGCUUCUUUGAGCUUUGAGAAUUUCUCUUUUCGUUUGACGAGGGUCGAGGGUUUUUUUCCCGCAUACCGUUUUUGUCCUUCGAUAUAUUCCCACCCCCCUUUUCUUCCCCUAGCCUGGACAUGAGAGUGUGUGUUUUUGUGCGCACUCGAGUGCGUUGCACACCUGUAAUGUUUUUAGCUUGGCCCUUCCGCAGGAAAAGCAAGAAACGGUCCUUUUGCAAGGUGCGGAACAAGCGGAAACGGGGAAUUUUCUAUUUUUGUAAGGUGGGUGGGUGGGUGGGGAUAUAGCCCAGCCUGAUAUCUCUGGAUCAUCUUUUGCCUUGGAAGAGUUUUAGUCCUGUUCUCUCUCUUUCCCACUCGCCCCCCCCAUCACCAGUGCAGCCAGCCUGGGGAUGGGGAGGGGGUGUCUGAGGGAGAACGGGGUGGGUCGUUGCACAGCUAAUGAACAGCUAAUGAACGAAUGACCCUGGUAAAAAUGGAAGCGGCUGCUUCUCUCUCUCUCUCUCUUUCUCUCUUUCUCAAGCUGAGCAGUUUUGCACCACAGUAAACCUGUGACUUGAAUCUUC